AUGGAUUUCUCAGAUGACACGGAUUACACGUGUCCGUUGUGCAUGGAGGAAAUGGACUCCACAGACAGGAAGUUUCAGCCGUGCCAGUGCGGCUAUCAGAUUUGCCUGUGGUGCUGGCAUCACAUCAUGGAGAUGGCGAAUAAGGACCAUCUAGAACCUCGCUGUCCAGCCUGCCGUUCUCCCUACAGCAAAGACAAGAUCGCAUCCAACGGUCCCGAUCUCGACGAUUUUACCGAGUCGGAGAAGCGAUCCAAGUCCAAGUCCCGUCCAAAGAGCGCGUACGCGACGGCAGAAGGCCGGCGGCAUCUGAGCAACGUGCGCGUGGUGCAGAAGAACCUUGUCUACGUCGUCGGUAUCCCGCUCUCCGUCGCGGACGAAGAGACUCUGGAGCGGCGCGACUACUUCGGUCAGUACGGCAAGGUCGUCAAAGUGGCCGUGUCGCGCUCCAAUUCCUCCUUCGGCGGCUCCGCCCACCCCCCCUCCGCCAACGUGUACGUGACUUAUCUGAGGGAGGAGGACGCCCUUCGGUGCAUCCAGGCCGUUGAUGGAUGCCUUUUCGAAAAUCGCAUCCUCAGAGCAUGCUUUGGCACAACUAAGUAUUGCAACGCGUGGCUGAAGAAUCUGAUAUGCAACAACCCGGACUGCUUGUAUCUUCACGAGUUUGGCACGCAAGAAGACAGCUACACCAAGGAGGAGAUGGUGCAGCGCCAUGGCGUCAGCAAGCACCCGCCUCCGUACUUUGACCCGUCGCAUUCUGUAAACCGCCGUGCAGCCAAUGGUCUGCCACCCUCGCUCGACACGCAUGUGGAGAAGAGUUCAGCUGUGCCAUCAGCAAGCCAUACAGCAACGACAGCUAAGGUGUUCACGCUGGGACCGUCAACGGCGCCCAAGACUGGAGGCCUGCUGCCCGCUGCCGCCUCAUGGGGCUCCAAGGCGUCAUUAGCGGGAAAGGUCGUUCUCUCAGCGUCCAAACCUGCGUCCACCAGUACAGUCUCCUCAGCAAUAUCCGUCCCUGCUGCGAAACCCACUUCUGGAUCCACCCACACAGCAUCUUCGUCAUGGUCUUCAUCCAACGGCCCACAAUUGUUCAAACCAUCUGCAGCAGUGCUUAGUGGCCGGGUGAUCCAGGCCAGUGCGCAUUCCCCGCCGGUAAUAUCGCAUGUGAACGCUGCACAGGCCGCGGCUGGGGGGGGAACAGGGUUUGGAUCGCUGCAAGACAAGCAGGUGCAUGGCAAGUCACCGCCUAGCAUUCUCUCACAAUCGUCGACUGUGCGACCUGCAGCAUCCACCACUGUGGGUUUCCAGACGUCUGCUCUCUCGAGUUCCGCUGCCUCUGUCGCUAGAACAGCAGCCACAGCCGCGCUUGCGUCAGGGCCAGGGAAACCGACAGCAGUAGGGGCAACGCAGCAGAAGGUACCAGCUGCUGCUGCCGCCGCUCCUGGCUCGGCUGGUUCGUUAGGUUCGGCAGCUUCUGGUUCGGUUGCAGGGGGUUCUGCGCGGUCUAAGGGUCAGUCGCCGUCGAAGCAGAGGUCUCGGUUAGUGGUUCUGGGGCACACGGCGCAGGCUAAGGCCUCGUCUCUGGGUAGGGAAUCGCCCACUCCGGCGCAGCUCGCGUCGUCAGGUGCUGCAUCAGGUGGUUCUUCAGGUGGUUCAGCAGGUGAACACGACUACGCGGCUGCUUUGGCAGGUCGAGCUGCUGCAGGAGGUGCAGCGGCUACGAGCAGCAGCGGAUCAAAGAAGGGAUUGAACGGGACGCACGCGCAUAAAGGGUCAAGAUCUGAGGACAUGGAAGGAGUGGAGAGCGGUGAUGCCAGCACGAACGCCGCUAGUGCCGCUAGUAGCAGUAAGAAAGGCGCAAAGGACAGUAGCGUUGAGAAGAGUGGCAAGGAUGGGAAGGGUAGAAAGGGUGCGAAGGACGAAGCUGGUAGAAGUGGUGAGGCUGUCAAAAGCGACGAGUCAAAGAAGCGGGCUUCGAUGGAAGAGUGCGGGGAGGGUCGGGAAGGAGAGAAGGAGAACACGGGAACGCAGAGAACAGGAGGCAAGGCUCACGCGCAACAGGCAGAGGUUGCAGAGAAUGCGGCAGGGAAGGGCGGGGGCGGGGGUGGGGGCGGAAAGAAGGGGAAGAAGAAGAAGGGCGAGAGUGGCGUAGUGAGGGUGAUGGUGGAAGCGGAUGACUCGCGCAGCUGGGAGGAGCUGCAUGGGGUAGAGGACGAGGAGGAGAAGCGGCCGUGGGAGGAGAAGCGACCACGGGAGGAGAAGCGACCGGGGGAGGUGGGUGAGGCGCGCGCGGAUGGGAAAGAGGGUGCACAGGCAAGUGCGAAGAGCGAAUUGCAGGCUAGGGUACUGGCGUUUGAUCCUAUGCGGCUGGAUGCGCCGAAGGGGAAAGGGAAAGGCGGUGAUGCUGGCGCAGGAGAGAAGGGGUCUGAUGGGGGAGAGGACGGCGGUGGGGUGGAUAAGGCGAAGGGGCGGGGUGACGCGGAUAAGGGCGCCGGGAAGGUGAAUGGGCAGGCGGAGAAAGGGAAGGGCAAAGGGGCUGGAACAGAGGAAGGAGACAAGGGGAAGGCGAGAGUGGGUGGGUCUAAUGAAGGGGAGAAGAGUUCAGAAAAAGGUAAAGGUAAAGGGCAGCCAGAAGCAGACAAGAAGAAAGUUAAGGGGGCAGCAGCAAAGGAACCUGAUAAGGAUAAGUCAAAGGGGAGGGCGGAGAAGGCGGAGAAGGGUGAAGGGGCCUCGUCUAAACGCGCAAAGGCUGAGAGUAAAAGCAAAGAGGAGGUAGCAAAGAGUGCCACGUCAAGUCAGGCGCGCGAAGCUGAUGUGAGCCCGUCAGACAUGGAAGAAGAUAAGAAGGAAGAGAUGCAGGAGUCAGAGGGUGAGUCGUCUAAGAUGGAUUUAGAUGUGGAGCCGGCAACAUCAAGAGAGGCAAGCAAGGACGUGGAUUUGAAGGAGGAGAAAAAAAUAAAGGAGGAAAGACGGACAGAGAAGGAGAGAAUGACUGAGGAGGAGAGAAGUUCAAGAGAGGAGAGUAGAUCAGGGGAGGAGAGAAGAAGAGGAGAGGAGAGCCUUCCAGAGGAGGAUGAGCUCUCAGUACUGAUUGCUGGGGAUGUGGUGGCUUCCGCAUCAGCAAUCCAGCUUCCAGAAGCUAGCCAAGGGGCAGACAGUGCUGCUGAACGGGAGUCUGAUCAAGGUAAACACGCUUCUGUGGCUGAUGCUGCUGACAGUGCAGGCGGCAUGGGUGGGCAGGCGGGUAAGGCUAUGGGUGCACCGAAGGGUAUGAACGGGAGCAUACUUCCUGUGCAGAGAAAAGCUCUAGUAGAGGCUGCAGCGCCUGCGGGAGGCGAGGGGCGCAGGGACGGGGGGCAGCGGAAUGAGUCGAAUGUGAUCGCGGAUAUUCUUGGCAUGGAUGCGGACGCGUGGGGCACAGGCGCCUUUGGGUCCUCUGGUGUGCUGUCUAAGCUGCUCCGGGGGAGCUUUAAGGAUCCAAUGGCAACACCAGGAGCGGGAGAGGGUAUAGGGGUAGGAGCAGCGGGUGAAACCGGGGCAGGGGCAGGGGCAGGGGCAGGGGCAGGGGGGCGGGAGUAUGCAGUUCCGGGAACAGAGGCUUCUAGUGCCGCCGCCUCGAAUUCGGAAGGAGUGGAAGCGAAAUCAGCUCUGAAUCCUGCAUCUGCACCUGCACCUGCGUCCGCACCAGCACCUGCCAUCCCCACUUCCCUCUCGCGGCGAUCCCGGUUCCGCUUCGCGCAGGAAGAGGCUGGGGCAGGUACAUCUGGGGAGGGCGCGGCUGCCAGUGCAGGUGGUGCCAGUGGCCAGGGGGGUGGGCUUGAAGCAACUGGGCUUCAGAUGGGGGGCCUUCAUGUUUCGUUUUUUGGCUCUCUUGGCUUUGGCUUGGGUGUCAGCAGCGGUGGCUUGGACAGUGGCGCGAGCAGCGCGAGAGCUGCCAAUGCUGGCAUGGGUGUCUGGGAUAGUGGGAGUGAAAAGAAUGCGGCCCAUGAUUUGCCUGGCAGCUUGAAUACACAGCAGCAACAGCCAGAGCAGCAGCAGCAGCAGCAGCAGCAGUUGUGGAAGCCAGAAGCCACUGUGGGGUCAGUCCAGUUGUCCUCAUCCAAAGCACCACAGGAGAGAGCUGCAGCACCCCUAAACCCAUCCCAACAAUCUGAAACCCCUGCAUCUGACGCAACCCAAGACCCGCGACCCCCCACCCUGGCAACCUCUAGGAGCGGCAGCUUCAGGGCAGGCCCGCCGGGAGUGUCAGCACUAGCGCCCCCGCCUGGCUUUGCCAAGAGACCUGACUCCGUGCCUCCUGGCUUUGGCCGCACGUCCCCAGCACUCCCAGGUGGCGCCAUGCAGCCACCGCCUGGCUUUGGACCGCUCCCCGCCAAGACCCCUCCCUUGCCGGCGUCAACAGGGGCAUCGUCAGCACCGCCAGGGGCUGGCCUGGAACCAACCCUAGAAAGUUCUCGAGCAGCAACAGGACGAGCAUCCCCAUCAGUAAACUCACAGCACCAUCCACUCAGCGAUACCAACCAGAACCCAUCUUCUCUCCCACCACCUCUCACAACCAUCGCAUCAACCUCCUCCCCAGACCCGUCAAGGGCCAGGAGUGAGAACGCGAAUUUAUCUGGGGGGGAUGAAGCAGCAGGCGGGGAGGGUGGGUAUAGUGACAUGGGGCCUAUGGCAGAGCUGUUGAUGAGAAUAGGCGUCCAUGUCAACCCAGCUGCACCUGCCGGCGCGAGCUCUAGCCUAGCUUUGGAUUCUGGUGGUGCAAGAUUUGAUGCAGGUGGUGGUGCUGUGGGUGCAGGGUUUGCUUCCAGGACUGAUUUGCCGCCGAUUAGGGAGAGAGGGGUGGUAGAAUCGGCAGGAGGAGCAGUGGAGAAGGAGCGUGGUUUGGCUGAGGUGCAGAGCGGGCUUUCUUCUCUGUUUCCUGGUUUGACCGGGCCGUCUGAAGCAGGGGCUGCAGCGGCUGCAGGGGGUGCAAUGGCUGCAGGGGCGGCAGGAGCAGAGGUGUCGAGCUCACUUGAUUUGGAGUUUGUGGACCCUGCAAUCAUGGCCGUGGGGAGGGAUGCGCUUCUGCGCGAUUCUGGCUCGGCCGGACUAGGAGGAGCGGCUCGGUCCGAGGCUGCUUUGCAGGACGGGAACGUCCUCAGCUCGCUGUUCAUGGGAGCCGCAGCUAGGCUUACCUUUGGUAGCAGGAGUCCCGCGCCUACUAUUGAUAAUGCUGAUGCGUCGUCUCACUUGGUGAAUAUUCUGAAGGGGCUGUCUCUGGGAACCCAGCAGCAGCAACAGCAGCAGCAGCAGCAGCAGCAGCAGCAGCAGCAGCAGCAGCAGCAGCAGCAGCAGCAGCAGCAGCAGCAGCAGCAGCAGCAGCAGCAGCAGCAGCAGCAGCAGCAGCAGCAGCAGCAGCAGCAGCAGCAGCAGCAGCAGCAGCAGCAGCAGCAGCAGCAGCAGCAGCAGCAGCAGCAGCAGCAGCAGCAGCAGCAGCAGCAGCAGCAGCAGCAGCAGCAGCAGCAGCAGCAGCAGCAGCAGCAGCAGCAGCAGCAGCAGCAGCAGCAGCAGCAGCAGCAGCAGCAGCAGCAGCAGCAGCAGCAGCAGCAGCAGCAGCAGCAGCAGCAGCAGCAGCAGCAGCAGCAGCAGCAAGCAGUGCAUAACUUUGCCCUGUCAAACAGGUAUAUGGAGCCGCAAUUGAUGCAGCCGCUGUCACAGCAGCAGCAGCAACAGCAGCAGCACCACCAGCACCCAGUUCCAAUCUACAUCCAACGCCCCGUACGCGUCCGCAACAAGGAGUCUGCAGUUUGGAGCGUCGGGAACCCCAGGCAACACAUUAGGCCUCAGGAGCCCCUCCCUCCUUCUGCAGCAGCGUCUGCCCCUGGAUCUGAUUUUCCACGCAUGGGUGGUGGGUCAGGCUUGGGUUUCUCAGCAGCACAGACAGGAGGGGGUUCAGGCUGGUCUGGUGCGGUUCCAUCAGGUCGGGUGGGGGGCGGUAUCGGGUUGGAGCUGGGGGGAAUGGGAGGAGCAGGAAGCGGACUGGGAGGAGGAAGCGGAAUGGGAGGUGGAGCAGGGGGGAAGGGAGUGGGUUUGCAGCCGUUAGGGGGUCUGUCUGGUUUGUCUGGUCUGUCUGGUCUGUCUGGCCCAUCGGGCUUGUCAUCUGGCCUGUCUCGCAUGAUAGCUACCGUGCCAAAUGCGAAUGGGCAGGGCUCGCAUGUUCCCUUCACAGGCCUGCCUCCUGGGCUGGGCAGCACGCGGGCCGGAUUAGGGUUUCUGUCCGGUGCAAGUGGUGCGUGGGGCGGUGGAGAGAGGUUGGCGGGUGCGGGUUUGGCUGGUUUUGGGCUGAGAGAGCAGCAGACGCAGAGGAUGGUGGGAGGUGGUGGGUUCAGGGAUAUUGGCCAAGGGGAUGGGGCUCAGAUGUCGUUUCAGCAGCAGCAGCAACAGCAGCAGCAGCAGCAGGAGCAGCAGCAGCAGCAACAGCAGCAGCACCACCACCAGCAAGAGCAGCAGCAGGUGCAGCAUCACUUGCAUCAUGCACACAUGCAUGCGCAGAACCACAUAGUCCCUUCUCCCCAGCACCAGCAGCAGCAGCAACAGCACUUUCCUACGCAGCCCCCGCCCCUGGACCUCUGGCAGUCAACACAGCCCAGUUCCAACUUCCCCCAGAACACAACCAUAGGACCAGGCGGCAUGGGAGUGGAUAGGAGCACCAGUGGAGGGGACAGGAGUGGGCUGGGCAUGGGGCAGGCUCGCCCAGGGGUGGGACCAGGUGGGAUGGGGCCGGGUGGGGUGGGGGUGUCUGGGGUGGGGACGGGCGGAGAGGUGCGAGAGUCGAGGCAUGCACGGAUGGGGUUUGCGCUGCUGCCGGCAGCAGAGGGCGAGCAGCACACUGGCGGAUGGGCAGGCCAUGACAAGCGCAGCUUCCUCGGGCAGGGCAUAAACGGCACACCUUGUGUGUUGGGAGUUUGCUUGAAAGUGGGUUCGUAUGCAUGUACGGCAAAUAGAGCCGUCAUCCACAUCGAACGGCUGUGGGCCCGCGCGGCGCGCGCCCGCCCAUGGCAUCCCAAUCGCGCCGCGGAUCCGUCUUCUGCCUCCGCCAUUGUCACGUCGUUCACAUCUCGCUCGCUACACGCACCUGAACUGUCCCGGUCCUUGCUGACGUCACCUGCCGCCACAGCGGAAGCGCGGGCCGCCACCUCGAGAUUGCCGCGCGCGCUAACAGCAGCCGCUGGGCGUCGCGGCGGCGGCUUUCCCUGGCCCGUAGACGCCGCCGCCGCACUCCGCGAAUCCGCAUAUGCUUCCCCCAGCCCCUCUACCGCUUCCGCCCAUCCGGAUGAAUUUAGCUCCCCAACGGCUUCCGUUCUCGCCGCGCGCUCCUCUCCCCCCGCUGCCUAUUCCCCUUGCGCCGCCGCUGCCUUGCGCGCCCCUAGGACUCUUCCGCCCGCGGGCUUCCCCCGAGUCACUGCUUCCGCCUGCGCCGCCCGCGCCGGUUCAGGUGCCGCUGUAGGUGACGGACGGCGCGUUGUGUUUGACAGAGUGGGCGCUGUGGCUGACGGAGUGGGCACUGUAGCUGACGGAAUCCGCGCUGUAGCUGACGCACCAGUCAAUUCACGCGAUAGAUGUCCAUCUAUAGGAGACCAGGGAUUACGUUUUGCUGAUGCUGAUGCUGUUGCUGAUGCUGAUGCUGAUGCUGAUGCUGAUUCUGAUGCUGAUGCUGAUGCUGUUGCUGAUGCUGAUGCUGAUGCUGAUGCUGAUGAUGAUGCUGAUGCUGUUGCUGAUGCUGAUGCUGUUGCUGAUGCUGAUGCUGAUGCUGAUUCUGAUGCUGAUGCUGAUGCUGAUGCUGUUGCUGAUGCUGAUGCUGAUGCUGAUGCUGAUUCUGAUGCUGAUGCUGAUGCUGAUGCUGAUGCUGUUGCUGUUGCUGAUGCUGAUGCUGAUGCUGUUGCUGAUGCUGAUGCAUCUGAUUUUGAUGCUGAUGCUGAUGCUGUUGCUGAUGCUGAUGCUGAUGCUGUUGCUGAUGCUGAUGCUGAUGCUGUUGCUGAUGCUGUUGCUGAUGCUGUUGCUGAUGCUGAUGCUGUUGCUGAUGCUGAUGCUGAUGCUGAUGCUGAUUCUGAUGCUGAUGCUGAUGCUGAUGCUGAUUCUGAUGCUGAUGCUGAUGCUGAAACUGUUGCUGAUGCUGAUGCUGAUGCUGAUGCUGAUUCUGAUGCUGAUGCUGAUGCUGAUGCUGUUGCUGAUGCUGAUGCUGAUGCUGAUGCUGUUGCUGAUGCUGAUGCUGAUGCUGUUGCUGAUGCUGAUGCUGAUGCUGAUGAUGAUGCUGAUGCUGAUGCUGUUGCUGAUGCUGAUGCUGAUGCUGAUGCUGAUGCUGUUGCUGAUGCUGAUGCUGAUGCUGAUGCUGAUGCUGUUGCUGAUGCUGAUGCUGAUGUUGAUGCUGAUGCUGAUGCUGAUGCUGAUGUUGAUGCUGAUGCUGAUGCUGUUGCUGAUGCUGAUGCUGAUGCUGAUGCUGAUUCUGAUGCUGAUUCUGAUGCUGAUGCUGAUGCUGAUGCUGAUUCUGAUGCUGAUGCUGAUUCUGAUGCUGAUGCUGAUGCUGAUGCUGAUGCUGAUUCUGAUGCUGAUGCUGAUGCUGAUGCUGAUGCUGAUGCUGAUGCUGAUGCUGUUGCUGAUGCUGAUGCUGUUGCUGAUGCUGAUGCUGAUGCUGAUUCUGAUGCUGAUGCUGAUGCUGAUGCUGUUGCUGAUGCUGUUGCUGAUGCUGAUGCUGAUGCUGUUGCUGAUGCUGAUGCUGAUGCUGAUUCUGAUGCUGAUGCUGAUGCUGAUGCUAAUGCUGAUGCUGAUGCUGAUGCUGAUGCUGAUGCUGAUUCUGAUGCUGAUGCUGAUGCUGAUGCUGAUUCUAUGCUGAUGCUGUUGCUGAUGCUGAUGCUGAUGCUGAUGCUGAUUCUGAUGCUGAUGCUGAUGCUGUUGCUGAUGCUGAUGCUGAUGCUGAUACUGAUGCUGAUGCUGUUGCUGAUGCUGAUGCUGAUGCUGUUGCUGAUGCUGAUGCUGAUGCUGAUUCUGAUGCUGAUGCUGAUGCUGCUGAUGCUGAUGCUGUUGCUGAUGCUGAUGCUGAUGCUGUUGCUGAUGCUGAUGCUGAUGCUGAUGCUGAAACUGUUGCUGAUGCUGAUGCUGAUGCUGAUGCGGAUGCUGAUGCUGUUGCUGAUGCUGAUGCUGAUGCUGUUGCUGAUGCUGAUGCUGAUGCUGAUGCUGUUGCUGAUGCUGUUGCUGAUGCUGAUGCUGUUGCUUGAUUCUGAUGGUGAUGCUGAUUCUGAUGCUCAUGCUGAUGCUGAUGCUGAUGCUGUUGCUGAUGCUGUUGCUGAUGCUGAUGCUGAUGCUGUUGCUGAUGCUGAUGGUUAUGCUGAUUCUGAUGCUGAUGCUGAUGCUGAUGCUGAUGCUGAUUCUGAUGCUGAUGCUGAUGCUGAUUCUGAUGCUGAUGCUGUUGCUGAUGCUGAUGCUGAUGCUGAUGCUGUUGCUGAUGCUGUUGCUGAUGCUGAUUCUGAUGCUGAUGCUGAUGCUGAUUCUGUAGCUGAUGCUGUUGCUGAUGCUGAUGCUGAUGUUGAUGCUGAUGCUGAUGCUGAUGCUGAUGCUGAUUCUGAUGCUGAUGCUGAUGCUGAUGCUGUUGCUGAUGCUGUUGCUGAUGCUGAUGCUGAUGCUGAUGCUGAUGCUGUUGCUGAUGCUGAUGCUGAUGCUGUUGCUGAUGCUGAUGCUGAUGCUGAUUCUGAUGCUGAUGCUGAUGCUGAUGCUGUUGCUGAUGCUGAUGCUGAUGCUGAUUCUGAUGCUGAUGCUGAUGCUGUUGCUGUUGCUGAUGCUGAUGCUGAUGCUGAUGCAGAUGCAGAUGCUGUUGCUGGUGCUGAUGCUGAUGCUGUUGCUGAUGCUGAUGCUGAUGCUGUUGCUGAUGCUGAUGCUGAUGCUGAUUCUGAUGCUGAUGCUGAUGCUGAUGCUGAUGCUGUUGCUGAUGCUGAUGCUGAUGCUGAUGCUGAUCCUGAUGCUGAUGCUGAUGCUGAUUCUGAUGCUGAUGCUGAUGCUGUUGCUGUUGCUGAUGCUGAUGCUGAUGCUGAUUCUGAUGCUGAUGCUGAUGCUGAUGCAGAUGCAGAUGCAGAUGCUGUUGCUGGUGCUGAUGCUGAUGCUGAUGCUGUUGCUGUUGCUGAUGCUGAUGCUGUUGCUGAUGCUGAUGCUGAUGCUGAUUCUGAUGCUGAUGCUGAUGCUGCUGAUGCUGAUGCUGAUGCUGUUGCUGAUGCUGAUGCUGAUGCUGUUGCUGAUGCUGAUGCUGAUGCUGAUGCUGAUGCUGUUGCUGAUGCUGAUGCUGUUGCUGAUGCUGAUGCUGAUGCUGAUGCUGAUGCUGAUGCUGGUCAAAUCCCCUUCUCUUGCCCCUUUCACCUCCCCUUCCACUUGUCCCCUCCUCCAUUGCUGCAGCUGGAUGGGCAUUUGGCGCGGAGAUUCGAGGGGAACGGGUACUUGGCGCGGAGGUUCAAAGGAGGGGAGUCCGUGCUGGGCUCCUAUCUAGACCCGCUUGCUGAUAAGGCACUGGUGGCGUGUGUGGCGCUGGCCCUUCUGGGGAAGGGGCUGCUGCCGCUGCUGGCAGAACGUCUAGACGGGUACUUGGCUCGGAGGUUCAAAGGCGGAGAGUCAGUGCUGGGCUCCUAUCUAGACCCGCUAGCAGACAAGGCACUCGUGGCGUGUGUGGCGCUGGCCCUUCUGGGGAAGGGGCUGCUGCCCCCGUGGCUGGCAGUGCUGGUGCUGGCUCGAGAUGUGUUCCUGUUCGGGGGGCACGUUGUGAUGCGGUUGAAUGCGGUGCAGUGGAAGUGGUGGAAGCACCGCGCUCACUUCUUCAACAUCCGCCAGGGCACAGCAGAAAGAGUGGAGCCUCUCCUCAUAAGCAAGAUCAACACAUGUCUGCAGAUGCUGCUUCUCCCUGCUGCCCUCCUGCACGACCCUUACCUCCUCUCCACCGCUCCCAACCUCCUCCCAUACCUCUGCUACUCAGUUGCAGCCACCACUGUCACCUCGUGGGCAGCGUACAUGUGGGUUGGGCUUAUGCGCAAAUAG